AUGGUCUCCACGACCUCUGUCCUCGCCCUCGGCUUCACCUCGCUAGUGGCUUCCAGCGUCGAGGCCCAUGGCAAGUUGGUCAAGCCUGCACUCACGUUGACGGGCACUGGGUAUGGAGGGAACUUCCAGUCCACCAUCCCCAUGACCUCGCUGACCCCCAAGCCGGGUGACAUCUUCACCACCUACCCCGACUACUCCAAGAACACUGCGGCGUUUGACCGUGCUCUCAAGGCGUCGCAGUACAAGUCGCUCAAAGAGUUCAUGUACUCGACGCAGGACAUGACCAAGGGCCGCUUCAACCUGCCCAAGACCGCCGAGUGCGGAUUCACAGACCCCGUUGACGGCGCAGUGCAGCCCCUGCCGGACCAAGUCGAAUGGUACGGCGGCGGAAUGAUCCACGACGGACCCUGCGAGAUCUGGUGCGACGACGAAGUGGCCAUGCCCUUCACGCCCAACUGCCGCGCGGCGUACCCGGACGGCAAGUUCCCGUACGAGAAGGCCAAGUGCGAGGGCAAGAAGCGCCUCACCAUGUACUGGUUGGGGACGCUGCUCGAGUGGCAGGUCUACAUCGACUGCGCCAAGAUCGGUGAGGGAGGCUCGGCGACUUCCAACAACACCGCCGCCGUUGCA